AUGCCGUCGUGGAUCCAAAGCGUGCUCAACACCUGUCCGCUGGCGGCAAAGUUCAAGGGCGACCGUCUCCCCAUCCCUGCCGAACUCGGUCAAUUGCCAUACUUUCAAAAGCGUUUCAAGAACAAGUACGCCCACUUGUACAAAGCGCACGAUGAGCGGGGACUCAAGUGCCCAAUGGACGUCAAGACAAUGGAGGACAUUGUAUCGUUCUGUCAGCACGUCUUGCGGUCGGACGAUAUCGUCCGUUCUACCAAGGACGUUGCGCGCGUAUUCCUAGCCCGCGUAUUGAACGUGUACAAUGCGCAGAACCCAGUACGCGGGUCGAUGGAUGAGGACAUUUUCGACCAGACUGGCCACCUCAAGAACGAGGGGUCGAAAACACAAGCACAAGCGCAAGCGCAACCCCCCAUAAAAGGGGACGAGGUGCAGGAAAAGUCUGCCGCACCGGCCCUUGCCGCAGAGCAGACAGACGAGCUCGAGGCAGCGGCGAUGCGCCUCUCAGUGGACCAGGACCGGCGGAGGAUGAGGCGGCUGGAGAGGCAUAUCGUCAAGCUCGAGGCACGACUGACUCUCCUGGAACCCGAUAGUGAUGAAGAUUCAAACAGUCCGGGAAACACCGGACCAGCCAAGCCGUCCCUCGACGUUGUCCGUGACAUUGAGAAAGAACGUAACCUCACAACCGGUGUCGCGGUCGCGCGCACGGGUUCCGCCGCAACUUCUGGGGCGCACACACGAACACCAUCGUCGGGUCUCACGCGCAACGAAUCGGGUGCGACGGCCAACAGCAACGGGGCAGUGGGAAAGGAAAAGGACAAAGACAAGGACGUACUUGUACGCGAAAAGGAGCGGGACCGUGAGAAGAUGGACCGUGACGGACCGCGCGACAAGGACCUACGCGAGGCCAAGAUCCUCCUCCGAGAAAUGCCUAUCAUCAAGAAGCUGGGACGGGGGACCACAUCUCCUUCUCUGCGCACACCACCCCAGCUCCGAACGCCACCUCCGCCACCGGCGUUGCGCUAG